GGGUUUGUUCAUAGGUGCAAGAGAAAAUAAAUGCUUCCUGGUUAUUAGGUCUAAGAGACUAUUCAGGAAGGAAUACGUGAAGUAGUAUGGUUACUAGUUGAACACACAAGAAUGGCUAUUAAAAACAUUUGGCACAGUUUGGCUCAGGAUAGAGGUCCAAUUAUACAUCAAAUUAAAACGGCAUUUUUUCUGCUGCUUACAUCGACAUUCUUAUUGUUUGCCGUUGCUUACGCCUCUGAUUUCACUUUGGACACAAUUAUGUUCCCUCAAACAUGGUUUACUAAAAUCAUGAAUCAGACUCAAUAUAAGGUAAUUGACAGCAUUUGGACCGAUCAUAAUCAAAAAGAUACAUUAGCACAUUUGCCCAAUCAGCAAAUACAACAAAGAGGUUCAACAAUUUAUUAUCAUAUAGCUCAUCCAAGCAACUAUCAUUACAUUCUGGAUGAACCUGAUAAAUGUCAGCAGAAUCCAUUCCUGGUCUUGAUGGUCCCUGUGGCGCCCCAUCAGGUAGAAGCUCGAAACGCCAUCCGGAGCACGUGGGGGAAUGAGAGCACAGUCCAGGGAAAAGCAGUGAUGACUCUGUUCUUGGUGGGUUUGACUGGAGGAUCCGACUCUGAAAAAGCUCAACAGCAGCUGGAGGAAGAGAGCCGACAACACGGAGACUUACUGCAGAGCAACUUUGUGGACUCAUACUUAAACCUGACCAUAAAGACGAUGGUGAUCAUGGACUGGUUGGCCACUCGUUGUCCUCAAGCCAAUUUCAGUAUGAAGGUCGAUUCUGACAUGUACUUAAACAUGGAAAACUUGAUGACUCUUCUAUUGGCACCCAACACACCCAGACAGAACUACAUCACUGGAAUGGUGAUGUGGGACCGGCCUGUCGUCAGAGACAAAAAUUCUAAAUGGUACGUGUCAGAGGAGCUCUACCCCGAACUGAAAUACCCCACUUACCUGCUGGGAAUGGGAUAUGUUUUCUCCAAUGACCUGCCAGAAAAAAUAGUUGAGGCUUCCAAGGAAAUAAAGCCCUUCAACAUAGAAGACGCAUAUGUGGGCGCUUGUGUGAAACAUGUGGGCAUUGCACCCUUAUCCCCCCCAGACCCUUCACAGUUUAGAGCCUAUCUGGGACAAUAUAAUCGAGAGGAUUUUCUCAGGGUUAUUACAACAAUCCUAGGAUCCCCACAGCAGCUAAUAGACAUCUGGAAGGACGUAAAGAGACCCACAUAAAGGUAUCCCAAACUUUCCUAAAAGUAUCAUUUGGGAUACAUAAAAGUAUCUCAAUAUCCCUGUCUGGGAUGGAAGCACAAACAAACAAAAAUGAGAAACACAGAUUUCUGUUUACAAAGACAUGAAACAUGGUGGAUGUUUAUUUAAGAAUAUUUUUAAAGCUGGUCACAACCUGUUAACAAUAAGUUCUGAUGGGGUCU